GUCGUGCAGACGAAGUGUUAAAACGGUGAAACCGUGAAACCGAACAAAAUCCAAAAACAAAAUGGAAUAUUUUCAACAUCGAUUUAUCAGUUUCUCUCUCCUUCGUCAAGCGUCAGAGUCAAUCGUGCUGAGGAAACUACAGUACAACUUUUUGUGCUGAAUUGUGAUUUGUGAGUGUUGAAAUUCUAUGCAUGUUCAAUUUUUGUACUUUUUAAAGUUGAAUAGGUUGGAAUUUUGAACUUGUAACAGUGGGAUUUUUCUGGGUUUUGAAUGAUUAUGGAUUUGAAUGAAGUACCCACUCUAGUAAGUGAUCAAAAAAGUAAUGGGGUGAAAAUUGAGGAGAAAAAUGUGGAAAAUUUUGAUGGUGUAGUUGAUAAGGAGUCAGAAGAAUCUAGAAUUAAGUCUAUUGAACAAGAACAAAGAUUUAGGGAGGUAGAAGAGAAGCAAUUAGCACUCGAAUUAGAAAUUCGAAAUAAAGUUAUGAACUUGGAAGAAAUUAAGGUUAAAAUUAGGGUUUUGGAAGGUGAAAAAUUGAGAAUUGAAGAAGAAAUCAAGGGUUUGAAGGUGAGGAAGGCUGGUCUUGUUGGAGCAAAUGUGGGUGGUGAGUUUUUGUCGGAUGAGAGGGUGAUGGAGGAUGAGGAUGUGUCUAGGGUUAGUCAAUUGAUGGUUGAGAAUAAAGUGUUGGCAUGUGAGAAGAACUUUGCUCUUAAGGAAGUCGAGGUGUGUAAGAGGAAAUGUGAGGACUUGGAGUUGCGCAUGCUUGAAUUGGAGGGAAGAUUGAAGUCUCAUGGUAAAGCUGAUAUCUCUAUUGGAAUUAAUGGAGCUAAUCCUGUGGUUGAUGAUGAUGUAUGUGCUUCAAGUCCUUCAAGAGAUCUCGGUUCUCCAUCUCGUUUACUAGGUGCAAUAGAGGAAGUAACACCAAUUGAAGGAUCACUGGACAAGAAGUAUGUACGUACUAAUAGUACUUCAACUAAGCAAAUGCAUGUGAAAAGGCGACUUGCAUUUUAUAAUGAGAAAAGUUGUGUUGAGAAGAUUGCUCCUUCAACUCCAGCUACUGUUAUUGAUAUAAUUGACUGUGACAAUGAUGAUGAUGUCCUUGCUAGACUCAAGCCUAAUUCACAAAGUGAGGGACUUCUGGGUUUGAUGUCGAAAAAUGGUGUUCAGGAAACAGAUGGUAUUAUGACCCCAAACACUAAGAGAAAGCGAGAUCUUAUGGUGGUUACAAGUGAUGAUGAGUGUGACAAUUACAAAUGUACACCCAACAAACGAUCACUUAAAAUAGAGAACAGCGACAGCGAGGGUGAAGAUAAGGAUGACGGCAUUAAAUUAACAAAGCAAAGUGAAAGUGAUAAUGACGAUGAUGAUAAUAUUCCAAUUAGUCAACUCAAGAGAAAUCGUGCUCAAGGCAGUCAACCUGCUCUGAGUGCUCUCCCCUUGGAUCCAACUCGUCCAAAGAGACGUCUGGUCAAGUAUGGACAAGGUGAACUGAGAGAUAAAACUCAGAAUACUGAAAAUCACCCUGAUACCUUAAUAUCUGAAAAUGUUGCAGAUCAUGAGUCAUCAGAAGAUGAGUCAGAAGGUAGUGAUCACUUAAGUAGUUUCAUAGUCGAUGACUCUGAUGAUGAGGAUGUAGAAGAUGAUAUAUCGAAAGAAGAUACUGGAGCUAAUUUUGAUGAUGUUGAAGAUGAUGUAUCGGAAGAGGGUGGAGAUGAUUCUGAUGAUGAUGGAGAUUCAUCAGAUAGUAAUCUUAAUUAUGAUGAGAUAAUCUCUAAACUUAGGGGCCGAAGAAAACCCAACUCAAAAUGGAUUUCAGAAGCUGAUAUGCUCUCUGACUUUGGUAAGAAUCCCGAGUUGUGCAUGAAAGCUGUAUGUGCUAUUUAUCGACAGCAAACCAAUGAAGAGAAGGCUUGUAAGGCAAGCAUCGUCAGUAAUGGAAGAGGCUUUAGCAAAUUCGAUGCAACGAGGGGAACAUACUUGGGGGAAUUUCUGACUGACGGAGUACCAAAUGGCGACCUGGUAAAAUCUGUGGAGGAAUUGCAAAAGUAUCAUCCAAGCGGAGUUGAAGAAUGUCGCUCAUUGGCGGACCGUUAUUCUAAGCAACUGUUUAAUAUAUAUGAGAACGGAGAGGAUCCUUACUUCCCAUGAUCUCUCUUUAAACAAUUAGCAUGUCUUACUAGUUUCCACUCUCUGGUGCUUCAGCUGAUGAACCAUCUUUGAUUUGAGAUCAUAGUUUUUAACUUUUGGUCUUUGCAUUCUAACCUAGUAGGAUUAAACUUAGCUUUUGGGUAACCCCGUGUAAGUCAAAACGUAGGAGAUUGCUGUGUAUAUUAGGUUAACUAAUAUCUCUUGUAAGUUAACAUCUAUUACUAUGAAAUGGCUCUGCACUUGCCUAUGGUA